AUGGGUGCCAAUAAAAGUGAUAGGAAUAGAGGACCAUUAUUGUCCUCACCACCGUCCUAUAAUGACGUCGAAAUCCCCAAAAAACGAUCGUACAACUUCUUACAACGCAACCACACCACUAAACAUCACGAACAACCAAAUUUUGUCUACCUUCAAGCUGAAUUUCUGCGUCUAACUGUUGAUUUAGUACACAAAUUCAACUUCAAUGAUGAACUCAAAGAAUAUCUCUAUUUGCUGGAUAGGGGAGAAACUAUACGCUUGACGGAUAUUAGCAAUCCAAACAUUCGUAAAAAGAUGCGGCACUUAUUGCGUGCUUUGUAUGUAGAAGAAAAGAACGGAUACUAUACAAAACCUUCCGAUUGCGACAUAUCCUUGAGACACUUGUUGGACGAGUUUGGAGAGUACAUUGAGGAUAAAUGUAGAAACUUGCCUAAGCCCAAGGAACGGAAUAAAUACACUGUGAAAGACACUAAAAAUGACCAGACUGUGCCAGAGAGUACUCUGAAUGGCGGAAACGAUGAUCCUAUUAUUACGGCCACAACUGGCGCGGCGGACGACGAAGGGACAGACAUUAAAACUUCCCUAAAGAGCCUGAGAGAAUUACACGAAGAGGGAUUCUAUGUUGAUUAUAAGGAGAUGCAAAAGGAGUUUAUCAAGAAACACAAAGCAAUUGAUCUUUGGGGAUUGUCAGCUGAGGAACAACUUUUGGCCAUGAACGACCAGGCACAACAUGCUCAUGCCAUUUAUGGCGAAGAUGAAGGCUAUGUUAUUGGCAGUGCAGUUAAGAGCAUCCUAGGGGACACAAUUAGGCAGGUGAAUAACAAGGAAUACAAGGAGUUGAUUGGGCGGGGAAAUGAGCUUAGACAGAAUUUUUCUUGA